AUGGCCGCGCGGGCAGCAGCGGCGGCGGCGGCGGCGGCGGCGCGGGCGCGGGCUGGCAGCGGCGAGCGACGGGCGCCCCCCGGGCCGCGGCCGGCGCCCGGGGCCCGGGACCUGGAGGCGGGGGCGCGCGGCGCGGCGGCGGCGGCGGCACCGGGACCCAUGCUGGGGGGCGGCGGCGACGGCAGCGGCCUGAAUAACGUGCACCACCACCCCCCGCACCCCCGUCACGAACUGAACAUGGCCCAUAACGCGAGCGCGGCGGCCACGGCCGCCGCCGCCGCCGCCAGCGCUAACAGCGCCAAGAGCGGCGGCUCCGAGACGGCUCUCAAGGAGGGUGGAAGCGCCGCCGCGCUGUCCUCCUCCUCCUCCGCGGCGGCGUCCUCCUCUUCCUCCUCGGCGGGCCCGGGCUCGGCCAUGGAGACGGGGCUGCUCCCCAACCACAAACUGAAAACCGUUGGCGAAGCCCCCGCCGCACCGCCCCACCAGCAGCACCACCACCACCACCAUGCCCACCACCUGCACCACCAUGCCCACCACCUCCACCGCCACCACCACGCACUACAACAGCAGCUAAGCCAGUUCCAGCAGCAGCAGCAGCAGCAGCGGCAGCAUCCCAUUCCCAACAACAGCCUCAGCGGCGCGGGCAGUGGCACGGCUCAGCCCGGUCCCGACAUGGAGCAGCCGCAACAUGGAGGGGCCAAGGACAGUGCCGGGGGCAGCCAGGCCGACCCCCCGGGCCAGCCUCUGCUGAGCAAGCCGGGCGACGAGGACGACGCGCCGCCCAAGAUGGGGGAGCCGGCGGGCGGCCGCUACGAGCAGCCGGGCCUGGGCGCCCUGGGCGCGCAGCAGCAGCCGGUCGCCGUGCCCGGGGGCGGCGGCGGCGUCGGCGGCGGCGUCGGCGGCGGCGGUGGCGGCGGCGGCCCGGCGGCCGUCUCGGAGUUUAAUAAUUACUAUGGCAGCGCUGCCCCAGCUAGCGGCGGCCCCGGCGGCCGCGCUGGGCCUUGCUUUGAUCAACAUGGCGGACAACAAAGCCCCGGGAUGGGGAUGAUGCACUCCGCCUCAGCUGCCGCCGGAGCCCCCAACAGCAUGGACCCCCUGCAGAACUCCCACGAAGGGUACCCCAACAGCCAGUACAACCAUUAUCCGGGCUACAGCCGGCCCAGCGCGGGCGGCGGCGGCGGCGGCGGCGGCGGUGGAGGAGGAGGAGGAGGAGGAGGCAGCGGAGGAGGAGGAGGAGGAGGAGCAGGAGCGGGAGCUGUGGCGGCGGCGGCCGCGGCGGCGGCGGCAGCAGCAGCAGGAGGCGGCGGCGGCGGCGGCUAUGGGGGCUCGUCCUCGGGGUACGGGGUGCUGAGCUCCCCCCGGCAGCAGGGCGGCGGCAUGAUGAUGGGCCCCGGGGGCGGCGGGGCCGCGAGCCUCAGCAAGGCGGCCGCCGGCGCGGCGGCGGGGGGCUUCCAGCGCUUCGCCGGGCAGAACCAGCACCCGUCGGGGGCCACCCCGACCCUCAACCAGCUGCUCACCUCGCCCAGCCCCAUGAUGAGGAGCUACGGCGGCAGCUACCCGGACUACAGCAGCCCCAGCGCGCCGCCGCCGCCGCCGCCGUCGCAGCCCCAGUCCCAGGCGGCGGCGGCGGCGGGGGCGGCGGCGGGCGGCCAGCAGGCGGCCGCGGGCAUGGGCUUGGGCAAGGACAUGGGCGCCCAGUACGCCGCUGCCAGCCCGGCCUGGGCGGCCGCGCAACAAAGGAGCCACCCGGCGAUGAGCCCCGGCACCCCCGGCCCGACCAUGGGCAGAUCCCAGGGCAGCCCGAUGGAUCCCAUGGUGAUGAAGAGACCUCAGCUCUAUGGGAUGGGCAGUAACCCUCAUUCUCAGCCACAGCAGAGCAGCCCUUACCCGGCAGGUUCCUACGGCCCCCCAGGCCCACAGCGGUAUCCAAUUGGCAUUCAAGGUCGGACCCCAGGGGCCAUGGGAGGAAUGCAGUACCCACAGCAGCAGGUGCCGCCUCAGUAUGGUCAGCCAGGUGUGAGCGGUUACUGCCAGCAGAGCCAGCAGCCUUACUACAGCCAGCAGCCGCAGGCGCAGUAUCUGUCGUCCCAGCCCCAGCAGAGGUACCAGCCACAGCAGGAUAUGUCUCAGGAAGGCUAUGGAACUAGGUCUCAACCUCCUCUGGCUCCUGGAAAACCUAACCAUGAAGACUUGAACUUAAUACAACAAGAAAGACCAUCAAGUUUACCAGUUGAAGUCUUGACCUCGGAGGAUACUGCCUUUGGACUCAAGGACCUGUCCGGCUCCAUUGAUGACCUCCCCACGGGAACGGAAGCGACUUUGAGCUCAGCAGUGAGUGCGUCCGGGUCCACGAGCAGCCAAGGGGAUCAGAGCAACCCAGCUCAGUCGCCUUUCUCUCCACACGCAUCUCCCCAUCUCUCCAGCAUCCCUGGGGGCCCAUCGCCUUCUCCUGUCGGCUCUCCUGUAGGAAGCAACCAGUCACGAUCUGGCCCAAUUUCUCCUGCAAGUAUUCCAGGCAGUCAGAUGCCUCCUCAGCCACCUGGGGGCCAGUCAGAAUCCAGUUCUCAUCCUGCCUUGAGCCAGUCACCAAUGCCACAGGAAAGAGGUUUUAUGGCAGGCACACAAAGAAACCCUCAGAUGUCUCAAUAUGGACCUCAACAGACAGGACCAUCCAUGUCGCCUCAUCCUUCUCCUGGAGGCCAGAUGCAUCCUGGAAUCAGUAGCUUUCAGCAGAGUAACUCAAGUGGGACUUACGGUCCACAGAUGAGCCAGUAUGGACCACAAGGUAACUACUCCAGACCCCCAACAUAUAGUGGGGUGCCCAGUGCAAGCUACAGCGGCCCAGGGCCCGGCAUGGGCAUCAAUGCCAACAGCCAGAUGCAUGGACAAGGGCCAAGCCAGCCGUGUGGUGCUAUGCCCCUGGGACGAAUGCCAUCAGCUGGGAUGCAGAACAGACCCUUUCCUGGAAAUAUGAGCAGCAUGACCCCUAGUUCUCCUGGCAUGUCUCAGCAGGGAGGGCCAGGAAUGGGGCCACCAAUGCCAACCGUGAACCGUAAGGCACAGGAGGCAGCUGCCGCAGUGAUGCAGGCCGCUGCGAACUCGGCACAAAGCAGGCCACCAUACAUUAGGUCGCCUGCUUAUCCCAGCCAGUCUGGGGCUGGCGGACGCCCCAUGUUUUCUUCCCAGCACCCCAACUAUGGCACCUCUCAGGCUCCCAUGAUGAACCAGCCUGACCAGUACGGGCAAGGCGGCUUUCCCGGCAUGAAUCAGAGUGGACUCGUGGCUUCCAGCUCUCCCUACAGCCAGCCCAUGAACAACAGCUCUGGGCUGAUGAACACCCAAGCGCCCCCCUACAGCCUGACGCCCAACAUGGUGAACAGCUCGACAGCAUCUAUGGGUCUUGCAGAUAUGAUGUCUCCUGGUGAAUCCAAACUGCCCCUGCCUCUCAAAGCAGAUGGUAAAGAAGAAGGCACUGCACAGCCGGAGAGCAAGUCGAAGGAUAGCUACAGCUCUCAGGGUAUUUCUCAGCCCCCAACCCCCGGCAACCUGCCAGUCCCUUCCCCAAUGUCCCCCAGCUCUGCUAGCAUCUCCUCAUUUCAUGGAGAUGAAAGUGAUAGCAUUAGCAGCCCAGGCUGGCCAAAGACUCCAUCAAGCCCUAAGUCCAGCUCAUCCACCACCACUGGGGAAAAGAUCACAAAGGUGUAUGAAUUGGGGAAUGAGCCAGAGAGAAAGCUGUGGGUAGACCGAUACCUCACCUUCAUGGAGGAGAGAGGCUCCCCGGUCUCAAGUCUGCCUGCGGUGGGCAAGAAGCCCUUGGACCUGUUCCGACUCUAUGUCUGCGUUAAAGAGAUUGGAGGUUUGGCACAGGUUAAUAAAAACAAGAAGUGGCGUGAGCUGGCAACCAACCUAAAUGUUGGCACUUCAAGCAGUGCAGCGAGCUCCCUGAAAAAGCAGUAUAUUCAGUACCUGUUUGCCUUUGAGUGCAAGACUGAGCGAGGGGAGGAGCCCCCGCCGGAAGUCUUCAGCACGGGAGACACCAAGAAGCAGCCCAAGCUCCAGCCGCCCUCUCCUGCUAACUCAGGAUCCUUGCAAGGUCCACAGACUCCCCAGUCAACUGGCAGUAAUUCCAUGGCAGAGGUUCCAGGUGACCUGAAGCCACCUACUCCGGCCUCCACCCCUCAUGGACAGAUGACCCCAAUGCAAGGUGGAAGAAGCAGUACAGUCAGUGUGCACGACCCAUUCUCAGAUGCAAGUGAUUCAUCGUUCCCAAAACGCAACUCCAUGACUCCGAGCGCCCCGUACCAGCAGGGCAUGAGCAUGCCAGAAGUGAUGGGCAGGAUGCCCUAUGAGCCCAACAAGGACCCCUUCGGAGGACUGAGGAAAGUGCCUGGCAGUAGCGAGCCGUUCCUGACGCAAGGACAGAUGCCCACCAGCAGCAUGCAGGACAUGUAUAACCAGAGCCCGUCUGGAGCGAUGUCCAGUCUAGGCAUGGGGCAGCGGCAGCAGUUUCCCUAUGGAGCCAGUUACGAUCGAAGGCAUGAACCUUACGGGCAGCAGUACCCAGGCCAAGGCCCUCCCUCAGGACAGCCGCCAUAUGGAGGACACCAGCCGGGCCUGUAUCCACAGCAGACGAAUUACAAGCGCCAUAUGGAUGGCAUGUAUGGGCCUCCAGCCAAACGCCACGAGGGAGACAUGUACAACAUGCAGUAUGGCAACCAGCAGCAAGAGAUGUAUAACCAGUACGGAAGUUCCUACUCCGGACCCGACAGGAGGCCCAUCCAGGGACAGUACCCGUACCCCUAUACCAGAGAGAGGAUGCAAGGCCCGGGGCAGAUACAGGCGCACGGCAUUCCGCCUCAGAUGAUGGGCGGCCCGAUGCAGUCGUCCUCCAGCGAAGGGCCUCAGCAGAGUAUGUGGGCGACACGCAACGAUAUGCCUUAUCCCUACCAGAGCCGGCAAGGCCCCGGCGGCCCUGCACAGACACCUCCUUACCCAGGCAUGAACCGCACGGACGACAUGAUGGUACCUGAUCAAAGGAUAAACCACGAGAGCCAGUGGCCUUCCCACGUCAGCCAGCGUCAGCCUUACAUGUCCUCUUCAGCCUCCAUGCAGCCCAUCACGCGCCCGCCUCAGACAUCCUACCAGACGCCACCGUCGCUGCCAAAUCACAUCUCCAGGGCGCCCAGCCCCGCCUCCUUCCAGCGCUCCCUGGAGAGCCGCAUGUCUCCCAGCAAGUCCCCCUUCCUGCCCUCCAUGAAGAUGCAGAAGGUCAUGCCCGCCGUCCCCACGGCCCAGGUCACGGGGCCGCCCCCCCAGCCGCCCCCAAUCAGAAGGGAGAUUACCUUUCCGCCUGGCUCUGUGGAAGCAUCACAGCCCGUCUUGAAACAAAGGCGGAAGAUUACCUCAAAAGAUAUCGUUACUCCUGAGGCCUGGCGUGUGAUGAUGUCCCUUAAGUCAGGUCUUCUGGCUGAAAGUACUUGGGCUUUGGACACUAUUAAUAUUCUUCUAUAUGAUGACAGCACUGUCGCUACUUUCAAUCUCUCCCAGUUGUCCGGAUUUCUCGAACUUUUAGUAGAGUACUUUAGGAAAUGCCUGAUUGACAUUUUUGGGAUUCUUAUGGAAUAUGAAGUGGGAGACCCCAGCCAAAAAGCACUUGAUCACAAUGUGGUAAAGAGAGAUGACAGCCAGUCCUCGGCCGACGAUUCCGGGAAAGAGGAAGAAGAUGCGGAAUGUAUUGAUGAGGAGGAGGAGGACGAGGAGGAAGACGAGGAGGAAGACGGUGGGAAGGCGGAGAGUGAGGACAGGAGCAGCACGGCUUUGGCCUCCCCCGAUGCCACCGCGGAUCCAAAGGAGAAGCCCAGGCAAGCCAGUAAGUUCGACAAGCUGCCAAUCAAGAUAGUCAAAAAGAACAACCUGUUUGUCGUCGACCGGUCUGACAAGCUGGGUCGUGUGCAGGAGUUCAGCAGUGGACUUCUGCACUGGCAGCUCGGCGGUGGGGACACCACCGAGCACAUCCAGACGCACUUUGAGAGCAAGACGGAAAUCCCUCCUCGCAGGCGUCCACCUCCCCCUUUAAGCUCCACAGGCAGAAAGAAAGAGCAGGAAGGCAAAGGGGAUUCUGAAGAGCAGCAAGAGAAGAGCAUCAUUGCAACCAUUGAUGAUGUCCUGUCUGCUCGGCCAGGGGCUCUUCCUGAAGACACAAACCCUGGUGCCCAAACCGAAAGCAGUAAGUUUCCCUUUGGAAUCCAUCAAGCCAAAAGCCACCGCAAUAUCAAGCUGCUGGAGGACGAGCCGAGGAGCCGGGACGAGGCUCCGCUCUGCACCGUCGCGCACUGGCAGGACUCGCUGGCUAAGCGCUGCAUCUGCGUGUCCAACAUCGUCCGGAGCUUGUCCUUUGUGCCUGGGAAUGACGCCGAAAUGUCCAAACAUCCAGGCUUGGUGCUGAUCCUGGGGAAGCUGAUUCUUCUUCACCACGAGCAUCCCGAGAGAAAACGAGCGCCGCAGACCUACGAGAAGGAGGAAGACGAGGACAAAGGGGUGGCCUGCAGCAAAGAUGAGUGGUGGUGGGACUGCCUCGAGGUCUUAAGGGAUAACACGUUGGUCACCUUGGCCAACAUUUCUGGGCAGCUAGACUUGUCUGCUUACACGGAAAGCAUCUGCUUGCCAAUACUGGAUGGCUUGCUGCACUGGAUGGUGUGCCCGUCAGCAGAGGCACAAGACCCCUUUCCCACUGUGGGACCCAACUCUGUCCUGUCGCCUCAGAGACUUGUGCUGGAGACGCUCUGUAAACUCAGCAUCCAGGACAACAAUGUGGACCUGAUCUUGGCUACGCCUCCGUUUAGUCGUCAGGAGAAAUUCUAUGCCACGUUAGUUAGGUACGUUGGGGAUCGCAAAAACCCAGUCUGUCGAGAAAUGUCCAUGGCGCUUUUAUCGAACCUUGCCCAAGGGGACGCGCUGGCUGCAAGGGCAAUAGCUGUGCAGAAAGGAAGCAUCGGGAACUUGAUAAGCUUCCUAGAGGAUGGGGUCACGAUGGCCCAGUAUCAGCAGAGCCAGCAUAACCUCAUGCACAUGCAGCCCCCGCCUCUAGAGCCCCCUAGCGUGGACAUGAUGUGCAGGGCGGCCAAGGCUCUGCUGGCCAUGGCCAGAGUGGACGAGAACCGCUCAGAGUUCCUUCUGCACGAGGGUCGAUUGCUGGAUAUCUCGAUAUCAGCCGUCCUGAACUCUCUGGUUGCGUCUGUCAUCUGUGAUGUACUGUUUCAGAUUGGGCAGUUAUGACAUCAGUGAGAAGGCAGCAUGUGUGAGUGAAGACUAGAGGCUCCCGUAUAACUGGCUGUUUUCUGUUCUUGUUUCUCCAGUGUAGGAAGAUGGAAAGAAAAUCUUUGCUCCUCUGCCCCAUCCACUAUUUACCAAUUGGGAAUUAAAGAGAUAAUUAAUUCGAA